UAACGUCAAGCUACCGAGGUGGAGGCAACACAGGCGACAUCAAUGAUUGACCUAACGUGAAUACCGCUUUUCCUUUGCCUUUUUUCAAAUGUCAACCGGUCUCCCGGUUUACGGAUAAGGACGACAGAAUGGCCAAGCGACCUGGAGCUGAGGAGGGGGUGUUAAUUACACAAACAACGCUUCUUCAGGAGUUCAGCAAUGAAGCAAACACUGGCGAUAUGGAUUGCUUCGACGGCGGUGGAGGGGAAUUGUCUCUGGAAGAAAUUCUAACACUGUAUGGCCAACCUAUUAACGAGGAACAAGCAUGGGCUGUUUGUUAUCAGUGCUGCAGGUCACUGGCGCAAAAACACCGGCGAAGAAAUUCAAACUCGGCCGACGCACAAACUGGAGACUAUGGUCGUAGGAUUGAUGGCCCUGGGGAUGUUCGGAUCAUAAAAGAUGGCACCAUAAAAAUAGAGUAUCAAAACAAUCAAGAUAAAUACAGAUCAGCAGGCACAUCAAUAGAGAUCAUCGAGUCGCUGGGCAUCAUGAUCUACAAGGCGCUGGACUACGGGCUGAAGGAGAACGAGGAGCGGGAGCUGAGCCCGCCGCUGGAGCGCCUGAUCGACCUGAUGACCAACAUGGCGGCCAGCGAGGCAGAGUCCGACCCCUGCCCCGACGAAGGCUACGAGGCCACGGAGGAGGAGGACGAGGGCGAGGGCGAGGAGGGGGGCCCCCCGGGGGUCUGCAACAUACGAGGAUACAGAGACGUCCUGGAGCUGUGUACGUCCCACCUGCCCAGCCCCUCAGAUGCCCCCAACCACUACCAGGCGGUGUGCCGCGCCCUGUACGCCGAGACCAGGGAGCUGCGCACCUUUCUGGAGAAGAUCAAGAGUGCCAAGGAGAAUCUGCGCAAGAUGGAGGGCGAUGUCCCAGACGAGCCAGCCAAAGAUCUGAAUGAACUACAGAACGCUGACUGGGCUCGUUUCUGGGUGCAGGUGAUGCGGGACCUGAGGCACGGGGUGAAGCUGAAGAAGGUGCAGGAGCGGCAGUACAACCCGCUGCCCAUCGAGUUCCAGCUCACACCCUACGAGAUGCUCAUGGACGACAUCCGCUCCAAGAGAUACAAGCUGCGCAAGGUCAUGGUGAACGGUGACAUUCCGCCCAGGUUAAAGAAGAGUGCCCACGAGGUGAUACUGGACUUCAUCAGAUCCCGCCCACCCCUCAAUCCAGUUGCGGCCCGCAAGCUGAAGUCCCUACCCCCUCGGCCGCGGAGUCUUCACGAGCGACUCCUGGAGGGCAUCAAGUCGGAGCGGAAUCUGCGUCCGGUCUCCCCAGACAUGAUGCGGCGAAGCAGACUAGGAGCUGGAAAAAGCAUCAGCACGCCACAGGAUUUGUUCCGGAGCUCAGGUGACACCCCGGACGCCCCCAGGAAGUUGGCCGUCAGCACGCUGGCUCUGUCCAAUGGCACGCCGGGCAGCAUGACUGGCCUUGGAGCAGUGGGCGGGUCGCAGCCGCUCGCGCAGAGGAAGAGACUACUCAAGGCCCCCACGCUAGCAGAACUGGACAGCUCGGACUCUGACGAGGAGCCGAGCAGUUCCAGCAUGUCCCCCUCCAUGAUGGAGGACACCUCCCCAGAGACCAGCACACCAGGCGGCAGGAAGACUCCCCCCAGGUUCCUGCCCAUCUCCUCCACCCCCCAGCCAGACAAGCGGCCCAUGCCACCCCAGCGGCGGCACUCCAUCGAGAAAGAGACCCCUACCAGCGUUAAGCCCUUCGUGCCCCCCACCCGACAGAGCUCCAAGUCCUUGCUGCCCGCGGAAUCUCCAAAGGAGGAGUUCUGCUACCCGGUGGAGUGCCUGGCGUUGACUGUGGAGGAGGUCAUGCACAUCAGGCAGGUGCUGGUCAAGGCGGAGCUGGAGAAGUUCCAGCAGUACAAGGACGUCUACACCGCACUCAAGAAGGGCAAGCUGUGUUUCUCCUGUCGCACCAAGAAGUUCUCCUUCUUCACAUGGUCCUACAACUGCCAAUUCUGCAAAAGGCCUGUGUGCUCCCAGUGCUGUAAGAAGAUGCGGCUGCCGUCCAAGCCCUAUGCCACCCUGCCCAUCUACUCCCUGGGCUCGCCAGCCUUGCCCAAGGCCUCAGAGGAGGGCGCAGCGGCAGCAGCGGCGCCACAACCUACCCAGCCACAGAAGACCAGCCGCAGGGGCAGCAGCUUCCGCAGGCUGAAGCGUGGGGACUCGACCUCCUCGUCCAAGGACAAGGACGAGAUGGAGCUGCCCAAGCAGCUGACGGAGGACUGGGCCACCAUGGACGUCUGCAUCGACUGCAAGAAGUUCAUCCACGACAUCAUCUCCUCCAGCAAGCGCAGCCUGUCGCUGGCCACCAAGCGCGCCCGCCUGAAGCGCAAGACCCAGUCCUUCUACCUGGCCUCCUCACCUAAAGGGGGCGACGACUUCCGGCCCACCGAGCGGACUAUCAACGAGGUGUGACGGGAGAGAGAGAAGCCUUCCUCCCCGCUGACACUGCCUCGCUUUAACGCUUCCUGGACAGACACACACACACACAUACAGUACACGCACGCAUACAGUACACACAUGCAAGUUACGACAGCAACACACACUGGUGGCCAAUGUAGACUUAACCCACUGUAUGUAUUAUUCUGGGUGGUGGGGGGCUGGACUGGAUCGCUUCCUCAGGAUCGAUGUUUCAAGUCUUCAAGCCUGCUCUCCUACUUUCUACUUUCUAUUUCCUGUUUGCGUCACCCACGGCAACGAAUGCUCCAGCGUACACAUGCUCCUGCUGGUGUUUACCGCCACCGCGAUGGCCAUGGAAUGUUGCGUUUCGAAAGGCGUGGACAGAGGUUGCUUGCUCAGGAAGUAACGAUGAUGGGGAAAAUGGCCGACCACGUCGAGAAAGACAGAAAAAAAACGUCCUUGUCUGUUACUUUUGUAAAUAGUUCCACGAUCCUAAACCAAGCCCUGCUCUACCACACAUCCCUUUACGCCUUUCUCCCAUUGCCCCCCUCUCUCUUUCUUCAAAAGGUUAUAGAUCCAAGUGCCAGGGCCUGUUCGGGUGGACGAGCCUGUAUUUUUGAUGAGAUGCCCCAGUUGUUUUGAGCAUGGGCCCUCAUUUCUCCCACCCCUAUCCCCAUCCCACUCCCUACUUCUACCCUUCUAUCCUUGACCCGUCCUGUCCUCUAUACUUUGUUUCUUCCCUUGUUCCUACUCUGUUCAGUCCCCUUGUACGUUGUCCCCUCUACCGCUGUCCUCUAACUUCGUCCUGUCCCCAACUUUCUCCCUACUCUUAUCCCUGUCCUGACCCCCCCUCUACUCGUGUCUCCUACUACUCUAGUCCCCUAGCCUUGUCCCUAGCCCCAUACUAUCCCCCUACCUCAUCCCUACCCUUAUCCUAAACCCUAACGUCCUGUCCCCCACUUUGUCCCCAUUACCUUUUCCCCUACUUUGUUUACCCGGCUCCCUGCCCUGUCACGUCCCCUGUACUGUGUGUCCCCCUCCUACGGUUGUCCCUACUGUGUCCAGUCUCUAGCCCCGUCCUGUUCCCUUGUACUCUGUCUCAGGUAAAUUCUGGUUUGGAAAGAGGCCAAAGCUUGAUGAUGAUGAGGAGGAUUGCGUUGCUCUUCCCCAAACGUCCCUUAAAAAACCAGCCCAUGCCCAGCGCACCGCUUCCAUCCAUGCAUGAGGGGUGGAGGUGCCAGGCAACACUGACUGACAUGAAUGAUAUGAACUGAUGAAUUUGGGGUGUUUGUUUGUAAAAGAAUGACUGGAAGGGAUGGUGGGUGGUUAAAAGAGGGAGGUUUUUUCUAAAGGAGAGAGAGGAUGGUGAUGAAAUAGGAUGUUUUUUCUAAAGUUAUGAGAGUAUGAUGGUAAAUCGGGAGGUUUUUUUUGCAGUUUUAAAGUGGAAAUGGGCAGUGAGGAGGAAAAUAAGGAGAAAGAUUGUGUAGGUGAUGGAGUGACUUUAAUCUGCACUAUGCCUGAGAAUGUAUGUAUGCAUCUGUUCAUUUUGUUUUGACAACAGGGACCAUUUUGAUGGUAACUAGUAGUGUGUGUGCGUGAGUGUACAUAACUCUGGUCAGGACCUUAAACUGUACAGACAAGACUCUAAGUUACACCGCCUCUUCAUCUCCGCUCCUCUCCUUUCCCCCCCUCUCCAGGGAGGUUGGCAUAUUGGAGCAUAUGCUCAGUAAGACCGAAUAGUCAGGCCGGUCAGGUAUUCCGGCUCCAUGACGCCUAACCUCAUUCUCCUCCCACAAAUGUUCAUGUAUGACCAAAUACUACUCGAAAAAACAAAAUCUGUCUUAUUUUGAUUAUUGCUGCUUGAUUUAUUGUGUUAUUUCAGAAAAAUGUUUUAAGGAUGCACGUUCAUCACAGAUUUCAGUAGCUGAAUUGUUAUUAUGACGUCAUCCAGAUGUGUGUAUAUUAUAUCGUUUUUGUUUUUUUGUUUUGUUUUUUUAAAGGAGUGUCAUUUAAGAUGAUGACAAGUUCAUGUUAUCUUUUUUUUUAAAGACAGGUUUUCUGUCGGUUCUUUGACACGUUUUUGUCUUUUACUGGUUUCUUAUCCUGGUGCCAAAUGUUCUCUUCACAUAAUGAAUGGUAUUGGUUCUGGGGGCUGUUUUGUACAUAGCACUUACUUAAGUUAUAAAAGUGGACUUUUUUUUAGGGGUUCAUCCUUCAUGUCUUUUAAGACACUGGAGAUCACGAUCACUUGAUAUUGAUCUGAUCAUCUAACAUGACAUUUUGAAUUACUAUAGUAAUAAUGAAGUGUAUUAUCGAAAUGAUUUGUGUCAAUGUUCAUGACCAUAAUUGACUUUUAUUUUGUUACCAUUAAUGCACUUCUGACUGAAGAAUCAUACAGCACUUCCAGGAACAUGCAUUAUGUCAACUUUUUAAAAAAAUAUAUUAUAUAUUGUCAUAUAGUUUUUCUUUUUUUAAAAUGUAUAUUUUGAGGUCAACCUGGUAAACAGUGCCAUGAAAUGGAUUCAAAUUUAGUUAUCCGCCCCCCACCCACCCCUUCUGCUCGACUCCUCUCUAUUCUCACAGGGUAAAAAAGGCUUUGCUCAAACCACAGUGGGCAAACGCUGAAGCGUUUUACAUUUUAAGGUCCAAAUUAAACCAUUUCUUUUAAAAAAUAUAUUGCCUGUAAAUUGUAAUUUCUCAUCAAGUGAGCGCUAGAAUGAGGUUGAAAAUGUUUGAAAAUUCACAUUGACUUGUAACGAGUAAUUCAUGUGCAUGAUGAAACAAUGUGGCUGUCAUUUCCCCCCCUCCUUUUUUAAAUUGGGAAAAAUACAAUAAAAUAUUGAGUAGUGAUUAAAUUUGAAA